AUGUCUCCAGCUUCCAAAGCUGAGGAGGGGGAGCCUACCUCCCCCUUACACUCGCAACUGGCCAAGCUACUCUCUGCUCUCUUCUACGGGACCUGUUCUUUUUUCAUAGUUCUGGUCAACAAGACGGUGCUGACCACUUACAGUUUCCCAUCACCCCUAAUUCUUGGAAUUGGACAGAUGGCAACAACCAUAGUGAUACUAUAUGUGUCUAAGCUAAAUAAAAUUAUUCAGUUCCCUGAUUUUAACAAAAGCAUCCCUGUAAAGGUGUUUCCUCUGCCUCUCCUUUAUGUUGGAAAUCAUAUAAGUGGAUUGUCAAGCACAAGCAAACUAAGCUUGCCCAUGUUUACAGUUCUCAGGAAGUUUACCAUUCCACUUACAUUGUUCCUGGAAAUUAUCAUACUCAGAAAACAGUACUCACUGAACAUCAUAGUUAGUGUCUUUGCCAUCAUUCUUGGGGCUUUUAUAGCUGCUUGCUCUGAUCUAAGUUUUAAUUUGGAAGGCUACAUUUUUGUAUUCCUUAAUGAUAUCUUCACAGCAGCAAAUGGAGUUUACACUAAGCAGAAAAUGGAUCCAAAGGAGCUUGGAAAAUAUGGAGUACUUUUCUACAAUGCCUGUUUUAUGAUCAUUCCAGCAUUUGUUAUUAGUAUUUCCACUGGAGACCUUCAACAGGCUACUGAGUUCAGCCAGUGGAGGAAUAUUUUAUUUAUCCUGCAGUUUCUUCUUUCCUGUUUACUGGGGUUUCUGUUGAUGUAUUCCACAGUGCUCUGCAGCUAUUACAAUUCUGCCCUGACAACUACAGUGGUGGGUGCUGUGAAGAAUAUAUCCAUUGCUUACAUUGGAAUGUUAUUUGGUGGAGACUACAUUUUCUCUGUGUUAAACUUUUUAGGACUUAAUAUUUGUAUGGGAGGAGGAGUGAUGUAUACGUUUUUAACAUUACAAGGCCCAGAACAUCCUAAACAGCGAAUGGAUGAAGAAAUUAUACCUUCUGAUACAAAGCUAGAGUCUGGUGUUGACUGAUGGAUUGACAGGGAAAGCAGUGGAUAGAAACUCAUACAAGUGAGAAAUAAACCUUUAUGUGU